CUGCAGCUCUCAUCCCUGUCGCCGCCGCGAUGGCCCAAACGUCACUCCUCUCGAGCACGGCUCGAGAUCUGCUGACAUCACUCGCCUUUGCGCCCACAUCAUCGCCCAACUUGCUCGCUACUUCCUCAAUAGACGGCCAAGUCAGGGUUCACGCGCGAGGGUCAGACACGGGCGCAUGGACAGAGAUCUGCGUCUUCACCGCUCAUGAAGGUGGUCCGGUGCUCAAGGUCGUCUGGGCGCCCAUGGAAUGGGGAGCCGUUCUUGCGACGGCGGGCUGCGAGGGUGCAGUGAGGAUAUGGGAGGAGACUGAAGACUCGGCGAUGGGCAUCUUGCCUUCAGGACAGAAACGAUACGCGCAAAGAGCCGUUCUGCUCGACGCGAGAGGAACGAUACGUGACAUUGGCUUUGCGCCCGCCGAUCUAGGGUUGCGGAUUGCUGCAAUCGCAUCUGAUAGCCACUUACGGCUGUACGACUGUCCCAGUCCAUCAUCCAAUAACGGCAGCGGUCUGUCGACUUGGUCACUAUUAGAAGACAUAGAUGUCAACACUAUUCCUCUCGUAGCGGGUGCUUCGUCGUCAGCUCGUACACCGUCGGGCGUCAUAAGGGGCUUUGAUAUGCCUGCUUCGAGCGCCGCAUCUCUCGCUUCGGGCUCAGCUCGAUCGGAGGAUCCCUCUCAACUAGAAGCAGAUGGUGGCUGGGCACUCUGCUGGUGCUCCGAUACUUUCAAUGGCCAGCUAUUGGCAGUCAGUGCAGGUACCUCCUCUGCGGUCAGAAUCUUGCAGAUGAAUCCGCCGAAUCAUUGGCACCAGGUCCUUGUGCUCCAAGCUGUGCCGCACAACGUCAAGGAGAAGAAGCCGAGCAGUAGUCCUGCGCCGGUCUGCUCAGUUGCUUGGGCACCCUCCUCUGGCCGGUCAUACCAUCUCGUCGCGACAGGCUCGCGUGAUGGCAAGGUGCACGUCUGGAAGCUAAGGCCGCCUGCACCCGAAUCAUCAGAUGUCAUGUCAGAGGGCGAAUGGACAUCCGAGUUGGCAGCUGAAAUCGACGAUCACGUCUCUGGCGGAGGAAUAUCCAAGGUCGAAUGGAAUAUCACCGGCACCGUUCUCAGUACCGCGGGAGACGAUGGCAAGGCACGACUGUGGAAGGCUGCAUUCUCUGGCAACGAAUGGAAGUGCGUUUCGACCAUCUCUUGCGAAGAUGCAGACGAGGAAGAAGAGGACGAUGACUCCGAGUGAGAGAUAAGGAGAUGUUGUGAAUCUAGCGUGUACAUGCUUCUCGAACAACAGCUGUCGAGACUACACAGUGCAGCGUGGCGUGGGGCGUGAGCAUCCAAUUAGUGAUCUCAGAAAACGCCGGGAAUAAAUUUAGCAGGCACGAUGCGACAGUACUCUUCCCAGUCUGCACCAUAUUUGCGGUGACAUCGCUCAAAGUCUCGCGAGACGCGAUGCGUGAGCACAGCCAGGAAGAAGACUGGAUAGAAGUAAGGCAGAGGA